CAAAAACCCCCAAGAGGUACCUCAGCCUCUCCCAUUGCAGCAGGGAGGGAUAAGGUGCAACUGCAUCACCCCACACAGAUGGGUUGCUUUGUGAUUAGCCAAGGGGAGCUGUGCAGCAGGAAUAAAAGCAUGUCCCACCCACCAGCAAUGGUAUAAAACCAAGGUAUUUUUGGCCAAAACUGUAGUCCUUGAACUCAAGGGCAUCUGGAUACAAGUGAUUCCUGGCACGUUUAUUAUUGCCUGAACACCAAGACCUCCAUCAGCCCCGGGAAGACCUGGGACAGGCGUGAGCCAUGCGGAUCCUGUACCUGCUCUUCCCCUUCUUCCUCCUGAUGGUCCAGGGUGCUGCAGGAUCCUUCCUCGCUCCGGGAAAUAAGGAAGAAUGUAAACGACAGAAUGGCUACUGCGGAUUUCUGAAGUGCUCUUUCCCCUUUGUCAUCAGUGGGAAAUGUUCAAGGUUUUUCUUUUGCUGCAAAAAGAUAUGGCGUUGAUACCAUGAACACUAUAAGCAGGAUGUCCUCCUCGCUUCUGGCUCCUGGAACCAGCUCCUGCUGUCCUCUUCCCUCCCUGCCUCUGCUGUCCCCAGGUGGUGGGACGGUGGGAGUGGAAGUGCUGCUCCUGCUGGGUGCUCAUGGGCUGGAGAAAUCCCAUCAUGGUCCUGGUGUCAUUUGGGCAGAGACUG